AUGUAUUUGAAAGAGUGUAUGCAGUAUCUACAUGAUACAACAAAAAUGGAUAACGAUAACGUUAUUCGAAAAGAAAUAACAAAAUUUCAUGAUGUAUCGAAUGAAGUAGUUUUAGAAAUAUGGGAUUAUUUGUACAGUGCACAUGCGAUCCAUAGUUUCUUUAAUAUUAAUUAUCGUUAUGAUUCACUACUGAAACAGUAUUGCAUGAAGGAACUGGAUUUGUCGUUACCAAUAUUACUCACAUACUUGCCAAAUUUAAUCUGUUUAGAUGCACAUAUUGGCGAAGAUGUUCGGCAUGAAAAUGAUACGGAACAAUAUUAUGCACAAAUGAUUAAUUUGCAACAUUUAACAAAAUUUGUUUUCAGGAGUUAUUGCACGAGAAAUACGACAGAUUGCAGUGACGCUUGUAGUGUAGCUUGGAAAACUGUGAGAGAUGAAGACGAAAUUGUCUCACCAUAG